GCAUCAUCAAAGUUGACAGCGGAAACACAGCAAGGUUUUUUCUCAAGUUUCAGUGUCUCAGAGAAGAACUGACAGUGGACGUCUGCGGUUAUUGUCCUCCGUAAAUAUGACUUCACUCACGAUCAUCACGCGGCUCACGGACGGACUUCCGCUCGCGGCGUCCAUACAGGAGGAUGAAAAGUCAGGAAGAGACCUCCAGCACUACCAGAGCCAGGCCAAGCAGCUGUGCCGCAAGCUGAAUGCUCAGAGUCCGGACCGCUGCACCCUGGAGGCUGGAGACAUGAACUUCCACUACUUAAUAGCACAGGGUGUGUGCUACCUGUUCCUCUGUGAGGCUUCAUUUCCCAAAAAAAUGGCCUUUGCAUACCUUGGAGAACUCCACAAUGAAUUCUAUGAGCAGUAUGGAAAGAAAGUAGCCACAGUGACAAGGCCAUACUCUUUCAUUGAGUUUGACACGUACAUCCAGAAAACAAAGAAGUCCUUCAUCGACGGCAGGGCCAGGAGGAACUUUGGCAGUAUCAACACAGAGCUGCAGGAUGUCCAGAGAAUUAUGGUGGCAAAUAUUGAGGAAGUUCUGCAAAGAGGAGAAUCUCUUUCUGCUCUAGAUACAAAAGCCAGCAAUCUGUCCAGCCUGUCGAAGAAGUACCGCAGCGAUGCCAAAUAUCUCAACACCCGCUCCACGUACGCCAAGGUGGCUGCUGUGUCCGUGUUCUUCAUCACACUCAUCAUCUAUGUGCGUUUCUGGUGGCUCUGAUGGACUAUCAACGAGGACUUUGUGGGUGCUUCUUUUUGGAAAAGCAAGAGCAUAAACUGAUCCGGUUCAACUUGUUAAAUACCCGGGUGCCUUAAAGGGUUCGAAUACGGACGUUCCCCAUUGAAGGUUAAAAUGACUUCUAUGCUUUACUCAGCUUUGACUCAUGCCGUGUAGAGUAUAAACUGAGCCACAGGUCUGUGAUGGACAUCUCUAUGUAUUGGAGCAAAUGCUUCGUGGUGAGUUCAUGUUUACUGGAAUAUUGAGACCAGGGCGUUGAUAAAUUAACAAACUGGAAAUAUGAGUUUCAGUAUUUGGGGAAACAAAUGUAUGACUAUGCAGAAGUUCUGUGAAAGUCUUAAUACUGUGAUAAAAGAAUGUUUAAUGUAAAAGUUUA